CGGCAACAACUGGGCUGUCAUUUAUCAUAUCCCGCCUCUUCGCCUCCCUCGCGUGACACAUCGUCUCAGACAGACUAGAAAUCUACGACAGCCGGCAUGACCGACACCAACCUCUCCACCAACGGCAGCGGCGAGUUCUGGCUGUAUGGUUAUGGGAGUCUGAUAUGGAAGCCUCCGCCGCACUUCGAUAGAAGAAUCCCUGGUUGGGUGACGGGAUACGUACGUCGCUUCUGGCAGGCAAGUCAAGACCACAGAGGCACACCUGAGGCUCCCGGUCGUGUCGUCACGCUCAUUGAGCGUUCGUUCUGGGAGCAGCUGACCGACCACCACGACUCAGCACCUGAACGCGUCUGGGGUGUCGCCUACCGUAUCAAGGCAGACAAGGUCGCUGAGGUCAAGGACUACCUUGAUAUCCGCGAGAUCAACGGCUACACGAUCCAUUACGCCCCUUUCUACCCAGCUGACGGUUCCGAGCCAAUUCGCACACUUGUGUACAUUGGCACCCCGGACAAUGACCAGUUUGUCGGCCCGCAGGACCCUCAGGCCCUCGCCGCCCACAUCCGCAAGAGCCGCGGCCCGAGUGGGCUGAACAUCGACUAUCUUCUUGGCCUCGAGGAAGCUCUUGACGGACUGAGCCCGAAGAGCGGCGACGUUCACAUCACCGACCUCUCCAACCGAGUACGGGCCAUCAUCGCCGCCGAAGAAACAUCGCACGAUGCUACGAAACCACCGUUGUCAGCUGUCGGCGGUACCUUCAAGCAAGGAACCAGUGUCAAGGAACAGGAGGAGACUGAAAAGACAGACUGAAGAGUUUUCUACACAUUCUUUCGCCUCUUUUUCUUUUUUCUUAAAACCAAGACCCCUGCCCACACACACACCCCCUUUUUUUACUCUUCCCCUUAAC